AUGCGCCUUGUAACGCGUAUCGGCGGGUCACUCGAAGGCGCGAAUUUGCCGGACGGCCCGCCGCCUUUCCGGUUCUACUCCCUGUGGCUUCCGCCUCGUCUCGCGCAGCGGAAUGGCACGGAGGGUCCGCCUGUUCCCGCGCAGCUGCAGCAUGACGCGGCGGUUCCGCCGGUUCCACCCGUUCCGCCCGUUCCCGCAAAGGGAAAUGACGCGGAUCUUUUGCUUGAAGCCCCGCAAGCGGAACAGGUUUCGCGGGUCGGGGGAGAAGCGGUUAAGGAUGAGCAGGGGGAAGGGGGGAAGAAGCGGGAUGUGGUGGAAGCAGGGGGAUGCUGCGGGGAGGGCGGUGGGGAGGGCGGUGGGAAGCGCGCCGGGGAGGGGCUAUGGGGCGGUGAGUCAGAGGGAGCGGUGAUGGGGGGGGUCGGUGGUGGGAUGGGGGGUUGUCGUGUGGGGGUUUGCGGGUUACAGGGAGGACGGGAAUGGGCAAGAGAGUUACAUGCAAGGGGGAAAGAGGUGGGGGAAGGCCACGAUGUGGGGAUGGGGAUAGAGAUUGGGGAAGGGGGAUAUGUGGGGCUGGGGAACGAGGUGCGGGAGGGGGAAGAGGUGCGGAAGGGGGAAGAGGUGCGGGAGGGGGAAGAGGUGCGGGAGGGGGAAGAGGUAAAUGAAGAUGGGGAUGGGGAGGAGUAUGAAGUGGUGUCUGUGGAGGAGUGUGUAGGGGAGUGUGGGGUGGAGCGUGUGGGGGGGUGUGAGAGGGAGAGUGAGAGGGAGUGUGGGAGAGAGUGUGAGGAAGGAGAGGAGGAUGAUGAUGUGGUGGAAGUUCCAAUAGGGGACAACAGGUGGCGGGAUAUUAACGAGUUUUCUGGUGGGAGUGGCAAGGAGAAGGAAUGCUUAACGAGGAAGGGAAGGAAGGAGGGAAGAGGGAGAAAGGAAGGGAAAAGAACGGUGGAGAAGGAGAAGAGGAAGGGGAAGACGAAGCAGAGAGAGAGAGAAGAGGAGAGGGAGAGGGAGGAGGGGAGUGAGAGGGAGGAGGAGAUAGGGGAGGGGGCUUCCAGGCGGCAUUCAUUCAGUUUCCCCUCUUGCCGCCUGCACCUCUUAUUGCCUGCCCCUCUUACCGCCGGCCCCGUUGCCCGUUCUGCAGCGAAGGCCGCGUGUGGGUUGCCUCAAGGCCUUCAAGUCACUUUACCCACUAACGGCCUGCCCCUCUGCCCACAAUUGGCCCCCUGGUCCCCCCUUCUGCAGCAGAGUUCGUUCGUGUGGGUUUCCCUCCAUGCUGCUCAGCCACACCAAUACCCUUGCUCCCUCUAUCCCUCUCCCUGCCCCCGCAAUCACCAGUACCCAUGCUCUCACCAUCCCUCUCCCUGCCCCCGCAAUCACCAAUACCCAUGCUCUCUCUAUCCCUCUCCCUGCCUCCGCAAUCGCCAGUACCCAUGCCCUCAUCCCCACUGCUCUUGGACAUUCAAGCGCCGAUAUAACAUGGUGCGGCAUGCAAGGACGGUGCAUAGGGGGCAGGGAGGGAUUGGCGAAAUGGUACGGCAUGCGAGGAAGCAGCAUUGGGGGGUGAUGGGGAGUGGGGGGGGCGGGGUGAUUGGUGUGUUUGGCAAGGGGAGCGGGUGCGGAGUAAGGGGUGUGCGUUGGGGGAAGCGGGGGAAGAGGGCGCAUGGGGUAGCAGUGGGGAGGCGAGGAGGCGAGAAUAGGGCUGAUGCUGUGAGUGGGGAAGAGGGAAGGAAGGGGGAGGAGAAGGACGAAGAGGGAAGGUGGGAGGAGGAGCGGGAAGAUGAGGGAAGGAGAGGGGAGGAGAGGGACGAGGAGGAAAGAAGGGUGGAGGAGAGGGACGAGGAGGAAAGAAGGGUGGAGGAGAGGGGCGAAGAGGAGAGGGGGGAGGAGGAAAGCAACGAAGAGGCUUUCAGAAAGAAAGGCGAGCAUGGAGGUGAGAGGCAAUCAACUUAUGUGAGUGGAGAAGAGGGAAGGAGCAGGGAGGAGAGGGAAGAAGAGGGAAAGAGAGGGGCGGAGAUGGAUGGAGAGGGGGAAGUACCCCUGUCGCUUUCUCUCACAGAGGGAAGGGGAGGGGAGGAAAGGGAUGAAGAGGGAAGGGGAGAGAUGGAUGAAGAGGGAAGGGGAGGGGAGGAGAUGGAUGCAGCGGGGGACAUACUCCUGUCACUACCUGUGCAGGAGGAAAGAUGGGAGGAGGAGAGAAACGAAGAGGGUCCUAGGGAGAAAGGGGAACAUGGAGGGGAGAAUGAAGCGAGUGCUGUGAGUGGGGAAGAGGGGAGGAAGGGGGGGGAGAGGGAUGAAGGGGGAGGGGGAGGGGAGGAGAUGGAUGCAGAGAAAGAAGUACCCCUGUCACUUCCUGUGCGGGAAGAAAGGCGGGAGAUGGAAAGGUGGGAGGAGGAAAGGUGGGAGGAGAAAAGGAACGAAGAGGCUACUAGGGAGAAAGGGGAGCAUGGAGAGGAGAAGGAAGCGAGUGCUGUGAGGGGGGAAGAGGCAAGGAGGGGGGAGGAGAGGGAUGAAGAGGGAGUGAAGGGGAUCGACAAGGGUGAGGAGGGAAGGAUUGGGGAGGAGAGGGAAGAGGAGGGAAGGAAGGGGGAGGAGAAGGGCGAAGAGGGAAGGACAGGGGAGGAGAGGGACAAAGGGGCUUACAGGGAAGAAGGGAAGCAUGGAGGUGAGACAGAAAUGACUGACGUGAGUGGGAAAGAGGAAAGGAGAAGGGAGAAUAGGGAUGAAGAGGGAGGGUGGGAGGAGGAGGGGGAUGAAGAGGAGAGGAAGGGGGGGGGCAAUGUGGAGAAGGCAAUGUGGCAGUUGCAAGAAAAGGGGAUCGCAGUUGGAGGAGGGAGAGGGGAGGGGGGAGCUGAUGCAGUGAGGACAGACGAGGAGACAGGAGCGCAUCCGGUCCUUUUCAGGGAAGACGGUGUGGUGGGUUUUGCAAUGAACCAGCUUCAGGUAGAUGGUGCCGCGGUUGGAAGAGGGAGAAAGGAGGGGAAAGGCGAUGCUGUGAGGGAAGAUGAGAAGGAAGGAGCUCAUUUGGUUUCUGUGGGGGGGAGAUGGGGGGAGAGCGGUGUGGAAAUGACAGUGGUCUGGCUUCAAGGGGAGAGUGGGGAGGGGAGGGAAGAGGAGGGAACCAAUGCUGUGAGGGAAGACGAGGAGCGAGCACCGCUUCCCGUCCGUCCCGAGGGGGAGGGCUGCAUGGGAAGUGGGGAAUUGAAUCAGUGUGAGAAAGAGGAAGAGGAGGAUGCGUGUGAGGAAGAUGGUCCAGAUGGAAUGGGGAAAGAGGAGGAAGUUGGGGAGGAGGCGGGGGAGGAAGUGAUGGAAGAUUUGGGGUUGGGAGAAAGUGGGGGGUUGGGAGAAGGUAGUUUGGCUGGAGAAGCUGAGGGGCUGGUGGAAGAAAGGACGGCGGGGAUAUGUGGGGAGAGAGGUAACGAUUGGAGGGGGCAAGAAGAGGGUAGAGAAGAAUCAGAGGAGGAGGGGGGUAGGGCAGAGGAUAGAGGAGGAUGGGAGAGGGCAUAUGAAGGAGGAGGAGGGGCGAUGGAAGAGGAAAAGGGAGGAGGGAAGGGGAAAGAGGAAGGGGGAGUAAGAGACAGGGCAGAGGAAAGAGGGAAGUGGGAGAGGGAAAGAGAGGACAUGGAUGGAAGGAAGGAGGAAGAUGCGGCGGGUGAGCAAGAGCAAGAGGAGGUGCAACAAGAGGGAGUGGGGCAAGAGGAGGAGGAGCAAGAGGGAGUGGGGCAAGAGGAGGAGGAGCAAGAGGGAGUGGGGCAAGAGGAGGAGGAGCAAGAGGGAGUGGGGCAAGAGGAGGAGAAACAAGAGGGAGUGGGGCAAGAGGAGGAGAAACAAGAGGGAGUGGGGCAAGAGGAGGAGAAACAAGAGGGAGUGGGGCAAGAGGAGGAGGAGCAAGAGGGAGUGGGGCAAGAGGAGGAGGAGCAAGAGGGAGUGGGGCAAGAGGAGGAGAAACAAGAGGGAGUGGGGCAAGAGGAGGAGAUACAAGAGGGAGUGGGGCAAGAGAAGGAGAAACAAGAGGGAGUGGGGCAAGAGGAGGAGAAACAAGAGGGAGUGGGGCAAGAGGAGGAGAAACAAGAGGGAGUGGGGCAAGAGGAGGAGGAGCAAGAGGGAGUGCAGCAACAGGAAGAGCAGGAAGAGGAGGUGCAACAAGAGGAGGAGCAACAGGAGGAGGAGAAACAAGAGGAGGAGGAGCAAUUGGAGGAGGAGAAAGAGAAGGAGGAGAAAGAGGAGCAGCAGCAAGAGGAGGAGGAGCAAGUGGAGGAGGAGAAAGGGAAGGAGGAGAAAGAGGAGCAGCAGCAAGAGGAAGAGGAGCAAGUGGAGGACGAGAAAGAGGAGGAGAAAGAGGAGGAGCAGCAAGAGGAAGAGGCGCAAGUGGAGGAGGAGAAAGAGGAGGAGGAGAAAGAGGAGGAGCAGCAAGAGGAGGAGGAGCAAGUGGAGGAGCACCAAAAGGCGCACAGAAGCAUGCAGGAAGGGAGAGGUUGCCGAUGCAAGCUGAGGAAACACCUGAAGGCAACAGAGGUGGGGCACCUGGAGCAAGAAAAAGAGAUUCUGGAGGAGGAAGAGAUUCACCUCAGGCAGAAGGAAGAGCACCUGAAGCAACAAAACGAGCACCUGAGGCAGCAGGAGGAGCACCUGAAGCGUAAGAGGCAGCAGUUGGAGCUUCAGGUGAGACGCACACAGAUUCGGAAGGAUCGCCUGGGUUGCUGUUGUGUAUGUGCUUGUGGUUUGGAGGGUGGGGUUGAGGAGAGGGAUGAGGGAGGGUGGUGA